AUGUAUGCACUGGGCAUUGUCUUCAGACACUCAAGGGCCACAGUACCGCCAUUUCUCGAUGACCAGUCCCUCAACACAAGCUUAGGUGCUCUUUAUCUUGGGCCUGUUCGCAGGUCGGCCGAAGAGAGCGAUGAUAUGAACCCGCAAACCCGAGAAAUCUUCAUUAAGAAUUCAUGGAUCACAUGGAAUGGCCGGAACCAUUUCUGGCUUCCCCCAGAGUACAGACCCAAGUACACAGCUGUCUAUGGCAAUAUUGUUGCGAUUAUAAUUGGUAACCAUGAGAUGACAGUGUUUAAAUUUACUCUCCACUAA